AUGGUGAGAGAAGUUCUCAACAGAAACGGUGAGAUAUCAGUCUACUAUUGGACUAAUGAUAAUAGCUGGAGCCCGAUUUGGUUUCAACCUGAAUCAAGCUGUGGCGUGUAUGGUGUAUGCGGGGCGUACGGAUUAUGUUUCACCCGAGAAAACAUUCAGGCUUGCAGAUGUAUGGAAGGCUUCCACCCAAGAAACGCUGCUGCCUGGAGUUCUCAGGAAUGGUGGUCAAGCGGGUGUGUUCGGCGUACUCCAUUAAACUGCGCCGCCAUGAAUAGAAGUGUUAGUGGCACCACAGAUGGUUUCCUCCAAGUGGUGGAGCCGACUCUACGAGGACGCAAAACUGCUUGUCUCAACAAUCGCUCUUGCACGGCCUUUGCUUUCACCGAUUCAAAUUCUGUUGUUUGUAAAUUGUGGUUUGGGGAUCUUGUAAGCAUGUGGGAUAAGGCCACUUCUUCUGACGGCCAGCCAUUGUUCAUUCGAUUGGCUGCUUCUGUCGUGUCACAGUUGUCAGCCCAAACAGGAAGAAGCAGCAGCAGAGUAGUUGCACUCUGCAUUUCAAUUCCUUUGGGCGUUGCCAUUUUGAGUAGUCUGUUCAUUGGUAAAUGCUUUAUUCAGCGCAGGAAUCGUAGACUACUUCAGAAAGUCGAGGAGUACAACGCACCAACAACGCUUAGAACAUUCACCUACAAAGUGCUCAAAAUUGCAACCAACAAUUUCGCCCAUAAGCUGGGAAAGGAAGCAUUUGGCUCUGUCUUUAAAGCAACUCUGCCAGACAACACACUUGUAGCCGUGAAAAGAUUAGAGGAUUCCGCACAAGCAGAAAAGCAAUUCCUUGCGGAAAUAAGCACCAUUGGAAACAUACAUCAUAUGUAUUUGGUGAGGCUCCGUGGAUUCUGCGUGGAGGGGUCUAAAAUGAUGCUUGUUUAUGAGUACAUGCAAAACGGAUCUCUCAACUCUUCCAUGUCCUACAAAUCCAAACAAGAAGACUGGAAUACACGAUUUGGAAUCGCUUUGGGUACUGCAAGAGGGUUACUUUAUCUCCACCAACAAUGCAGAGAUCGCAUCAUCCAUUCCCAUAUCAAGCAAGAAAAUGUUCUUCUGGAUGCGGACUUCCCUGCAAAAGUGGCUGAUUUUGGGCUGGCAAAGCUUGUUGGCAGAGAUUUCAGCAGAGUGCUAACGACAACAAGAGGAACGAGAGGAUAUUUGGCUCCCGAGUGGCUGACCCUGCUCGAAAUAAUCUCAGGCCGACGAAAUAGUGAUUUGAGCGUGCAGGAUUCUCAGCGCUACUUUCCGACUUGGGCAGCAGUUCAAAUUCAGAAGGGAAACACCAUCGGCAUUGUGGAUGAAAGGAUUGCAUACAAGGCGGAUGUUGAAGAGGUGAUAAGACCAGUUGUGGUAAGCAUUCCGUGUAUUCUAACUAUGGAUCAAGUUGUCCAGAUAGUGGAGAAGGUAACGUGGAAAAAUAUGAGAGGUGCUUGCAAGCGCUCAUCGAUAAUCAUUGUCUUUACUAUAAGUUUUAGUAAGUUAUCUAAUUAUUAA